UGAGAGAGGAAAAAGUGUUUGUAAAAGAGAGAUUGUUUGGUUUCUAAGACUAAAAAGUCCACAAAAUCUAUAGCACUCUCCUUCUUUCCUUCUAAAACAGCCCUUUUUAUCUUUCUUUUAGGUUUGAUAUGUCCUUUGUAUUGUCACAUUCAAGUAUCCAUGCAUGUCCUCAGGUGAGUCUUCAAGAUGUAUCAGGCGUUCCGGUUGAUGUGUUCAAGGCUGAAGAGAAGUCGAUUACCCAUGCAUUAAGACUGAGCGAAGGACAUAGGAAAAAGAGAAACCAGGAGCUUAAACCUUGCUGGAACAGACCAGUCUCGAGUAUGUAUCAGAAGUUAAACUUGUAAGAAUCCCUUUCUUUUCUUUGUUGCCUGUGGAAAUUACUUUGAUCUGUUCUCCCCCCUGGAUUUGCUUCUUCAGAAGAUGUAGAGCAGUCACGAGGUUACAUUACAUUCUCCCUAAGAAGUGGCCCAGAGUACCAUGUCUUACAGGUAUGCUGACAACGAUCCACUUCUUCAUGGUCAUGUUUCCUAGAAUCUGAUCUCCAACAUCAAUAAAGUAAGCACAAGUAGUUGUACUGUAGAACAUGCAAUCCACUGUUGGUGAUCUAUUUCAUUGGUUAGGUUACUGAUGCUGUGGUCAUUGCAAGAUAUCUGGGCGCCACACUGGUGCUCCCUGACAUCAGAGGAAGAAAGCUUGGUCAACAGAGGUAUUGCUUCUUUGAUUUCGGUAUGCUCUUCCUCUGCAAAUCCUGAAUCUGAUCGAACAGAAGCUUUUUCUUGUGGCCAUGUGUACUUGGUGAAAGACUCGCAUCAUUGCAGGAACUUCCGAGAGAUGUAUGAUGCGGGUAAGUUCAUCCACAGCCUGAGUGGUGUCGUUAACGUAGCCGACCAGCUUCCGGCUGAAGUAGCAGCUCAGAUGCCAUCUCUUGUUCGAGUCCCUCAUGGCGUAUCUGAAGACUUCAUCACCCAAAACAUCAAACCGAUCUUCCAAACCAGUCAUUACCUGAGGCUCGCGAGCUACUUCACCUCAGUCGAUUGGAGGAGAAGGGAGAAGCGCAACGGCGACUUGGAUUCCACCGCUUGCUUGGCCAUGUUUGGCAGCCUCGAACUGAAACAGGGGAUCGCCGAAGCGGCUGACGGGGUCGUGGACAGACUGCGAACGCUCAGCCGCAACAUCGGCAGCCGGUUCAUCGCCAUCGACCUCCGCAGUGAUGCUCUGGAGAAGAGAGGCUGCAAGGAGAGCGACGGCAGAAGCAAGGCUUGUUACGGUGCACGGGAGACGGCAGAGUUCUUGAGGCGGAUCGGCUUCAACGGAGACAACCCCAUCUACGUAACCCAGACUCGGUGGGACGAAAGCCUCGACCCAUUGAGGGAGUUCUUCCCGAGGAGCUACACCAAGGACGAUCUGAUGCCUGCGGAGAAGAAAGGUGAGUUGGUCAGCUCAGGGAGCGAAGUGGAGAGAGCACUUGACCUCCUUGUUUGUGCCCAAAGCGAUGUGUUCGUGCCUGCAAUUUCUGGUCUGUUCUACGGGAACGUGGCCGGGAGGAGGAUAGCUUCGGGCCGCCCGGAAAUGGUGGUGCCAUCUCGAGGGCCGCCUUUCUCCGCCAGAGCUUCUGAUUUCGUCUCGAGCUAUGUCUCCAGGAAGAACCACGUUGCGUACUCGUGUUACUGCUAACGCCGUUCGCAGUCAUCUCCUCUACUGCUGCUCUGUGACUGUUCGAUCAUCGAAAGCGAGUUGCCGUAUUGAUGAACGUAUAUGGCAUAAUAAAAGCAAUCGUUUGCCAAAAAUAGAAAAAAUCAUAUCUCUUGACGUGUGAUCUAUCUGUCAAAAAUAGAAAAAAAAAAUCCAUAUGAAGUGUUGUACGUAAAUAAUGUAUCUCACAUUGGAUAAAAAAAAAUUAUUUAAAAUAUUCAAAAAAUUAUCUCC